AUGUCUUUGGAUAACGAUCGUGAUGCAGAAACAUACGAUGUCUGUGCGUUAGAUAAGCUCGAAGACUCUAUAGUCAAAGAAAGAGUCGAAGCGCAUGCUGCACAAAAACAACAGGCAAAGAAAAUGCUGGAAUCAUCAGAACAAAGAUUUGCACCUUUGCACAUUGGGAGCAAUGUGCGGAUUGCAAUUGGCCCUGUUGAUCGACCAAAGAUUGGACAUCGAAACCUAAUGGGUGUUGUCAUCGCCGAGGAGAAUGGUUUUUACACAAUUGGAACUUCAAAUGGAUCUUUGAACCACAAAUUUUUGAGAAAUCAACUACAUCCUUCACGAUCACUUCCUUCCGAGCAGCCAUUGGUGAAGCAUCAGUUCAUGGAAAACAAGGACACAAACAUUGUCUAUGUAACGGAGGAUGCUCAACAAAUCGAUGUGCCUGCAAGAAAAAUGAUAUUUUUUGCAACUCCCGAUGUCACCACAGUC